UGAUACGAUCUAAAGUUGGUCUGUGUUUGUAUUUAGAUGGAUAUGAAACCGCGAUAUUUCAUGGAACGUAACACAGUUUUUGUAUCUUGUGUGUUCACAACAGAUAUGGAAUAAAAAAUGAAUCACUACUAGAGCAGCUAGAAAACCAUUGCAGUUAGGAUAAUGUCAACCUUGUUUAGACAUCAAAAUGCCGGUGGUUUCUAUGGUAACACAAAGCUUGGAAGCAUGGUCAAUCCCAAGCCAUUAGUGGACAUCAGUGCUGCAGUUCUGGUUAAAGAUCUCAGUAGCGUGGAGUCGGCUAUUUUUCUAAUACCAACCGUACUCUUUGAAACCCUGAUAUGUGCCGCUGUACUCGGUGAACAUACGCUAGUUUGCAGGACGCUUGUCUGGAACUGGCCAUUUGAGGCAAUGAGUUUCGGCUGUAUGUUGCCAAUUAAGGACAACAAAGUGAACUUCCAGAAAUUAAAAAGCGUAUUUAGUAAUUACAAAAGUGGAGUUGGUGCAGCCAUACUAUUAGCUGUUGGAGAUAUGAAAAAUACAAAGUUGAAAUUGGUUGAUAUCAGAGACUUUGAUGUGGACUAUCAGUUGACAGCACUUUGUGCACAAAUUUCAACUAGUUCCCUGCAAAAACGAGGUGAUUUCAAGGCAAGGGCGAAUAAUGAACAACUUACCAAGAAAGCAGCAGUGAAGCUGCGCUCUAAGUUGCCGGUAUAUAAAGACCCCCUAAAAAUUCUCAUAGAUGGCAUGAUUGAUUCAGAAAAUAGCCUUGGUGUUCUUGCAGCACUGAGACUUCAUUCUGUGUGCCCUGUCAGUAUGAAAUGCUGUAACACGUCUUGUAUCAGCAUAGGGCCUCAGAUGACCCGCCAAGUUCUCAGUGAGCUAGAUCCAAAGUAUUGCUGUGGAGUAAAUAUCAGUAUGAACAUGCUUCAGUAUGAAGGACUGAUAAGUGUUAUACCAGAGAUAUCCAAGCUGUCUAAUUUACGUGCCUUGGGUGUUAGCUACAACCUCAUUAAAUUCUCCCAUGACCUACGCGUUGUAGAGCAAAAUGACAGCAAUUUUGUCGACUUAUUUAGUAAACUCAGUCAACUAAAGCGACUUGACUUGAAUCAUAAUUGGAUUGGCGGAUCAUUACGAAAACUGUUGAAAGGUAUUUUACGUUCAUUACAGUACCUCGAUUUGAGAAUGUGCACAUUGUCGGCGGCAGAUAUCGCUUACCUGGCAACAUGCCAACAUACAAGAGAAAUGGAGGAACUUCUACUAAGCAACAACAAACUGUCAGAAUGCACCGAGUCAGCAUUCACGUUGAUCAUCAACUGUUCAGAAACUCUCAAACAUUUAUGGAUGAAUACUUGCAAGUUGGGUCUGGUUCCAGGUGUAGCAAAUCGACUGGUGCACGCCAUUGUGAAUUGCCCAUAUCUCCAGACACUGUCAAUUGCAGGAAAUGAUCUCACUGAAAUUGAUCUUCUGAAGAUUCUCAAAGCAUGUGUGCAGUUGCCAUGUAUGGGACAAGUCAUCAUUUCUCCUCCCUCAGAUCAUAUCCAAGAUAUCAACAUACUGAAUAAUCAUAUUGAAAAUUUUCUUCAAAAAUGUGAGAAAAUUGUAGAUGGCGGUUCUAUGUCUAUUUUGUGUGAUGAUCUAGAGUUCUAUGAUUCAGACUUAUAUACGAGUGUCAACGUGAAUGGAAGAUACCUUACUAAAUUACUCUGAAAAAUCUGUUUUUAAGGUUACCAUAUUUGCUCAUAUGUUUAUGAGAAUGGCAUGUCAAAAUAUGUCAUAUUUUAAUAAUCCAGCAUACAGCGAUAUGUAAUAUUGGGUUUAAGUACACUAAUGGAGUAAAUGAAGAAUAUUCGUCAGCAGACUUCUCUUCAACUGAUAUCUCCCAAGAUUUGUUUAUAUUUUAACCCUGCAAAUGUAGAAUCUUGGUUGGUUUGUGUGGAAAUAUAAAACUGACUUACUGACUGACCCAGUGACCUGAGCUGAACUUGAGAAAUGGAUGAGAAUAGUGGUUGACGUUAGAUGAUGCUAUUUAUCACGUAUAUGUACCAGUAAUUUAUUAUGUAAUUUAAUGAAUAAAAUGACAUGGAGUUUGUUUAUAUAAA